UAAGUCAGGUAAACUCUUUGAAGAAAGUGGAAUAAUGGAUAAAGCAUCUAAAAGAUAACAAUUCAUUAAAAUUCUGAUUUUGUUGAAAAUGAUGACGUGACGACAAGAAAAACACAAACAGCAGCAAGAUGAUGACAAUCAUUGACAAGAAAAAUGACGGAAAGCCUGUUGAAGGCAAAUUGUGGACAAGAUCUGAACGUAAACAAUGGGCCUUUGGAUUAUUUUUGGGAUGCACUGUACUAUAUUCAUGUCGAACAGUUACUCCAUUAUGUGUGGCAGUUAUGGCAAAGGAAUUUGACUGGGACAAAACACAGUCGGGUUCAAUUCUUGGUUGUUUUUUCUGGGGUUACACAAUGACCCAGUUUUUAGGAGGUUACCUGAGUGACAAAGUGGGAGGAGAUGUUGUUGUUCCUAUAGCAGCAUGUUUCUGGUCAAUUCUGACUUUCUGGACACCACAGUUUGCCUACUUAUCUACCGAUAAAUAUGUCACACUUCAUAUAUUGGUUCUUUCAAGGGUUUUACUGGGAAUGUUUCAAGGUUUCCACUAUCCUAGUGUAAGUUCCAUCAUAUCAAGAAAAGUUUCGGAGCACGAGCGUUCUUUAACCUACAGCUUUAUCUGUUCAGGAUCACACCUUGGGACCCUGAUUAGUGGAAGUAUAGGAUCAAUAUUACUAGAGAGAUAUGGAUGGCAGAGUGUGUUUUACUUUGUUGGUGUUUGUAGCAUUUUAUGGAUGUUAGGGAUGAGAUAUAUACUGAUAGCAAAGCAUAGAAAAAAGUAUUUGCCCUUCAUAAUGGCAGAGAACCUAGCAGACAAACCCAUAAAAAAAGACCAGGAGAAAGUGCCAUGGCUGACAUUAUUUGUUAAACCUGCAUUUUGGGGUUUAUUAGUAGGACAUUUUAGUCAUGCUAAUUCCUUCUUCAUCCUGUUAUCAUGGGCACCAACCUAUUUUCAUGAGAAUUACCCUAAUGCAAAGGGAUGGGUAUUUAAUGUAGUACCAUGGAUUGUGUCCAUGUUUAGUUCAGUGUUUAGUGGCUGGUUGGCUGAUCAUUUACUAGAAAAAGGUUAUUCAGUUACAUUUGUAAGAAAAUUUAUUGAGACUAUUUCCUUAGGUGGCACAGCUUUAGGAUUGAUAUUAUUAUCAUACAUGACAACAUUUGGUGGUGCAUUAUUUUGUAUGGCCAUUGCAGUGGCCUGUUGUGGCUUCCAUAAUAGUGGUAUACUAGUAAACCCACAAGAUAUAGCACCCAAACAUGCUGGAUCAGUGUUUGGUAUAAUGAAUAUGGCAGGUGCAAUACCAGGUUUUGUAGGAGUAUAUAUGGCAGGUCACAUUUUAGAGGCCACCAAGAGCUGGGCAGCAGUAUUUAACCAAACAGCUGGUGUUUGUAUUUUUGGCUGUAUUGUUUACCUACUAUUCGGUACAGGAAAACGGAUAAUAUGAAUCUAUUUAUAGCUGUUAUAGUGAUAAUUAUGUGUUCAUGUACUAUAUAUAUGUCAUUCCAAUUAGGGAUCAAAUCUGCCAUGUGGUCUUACUUAUCACUGUGUUGUCCGUCCAUUGGUCAAUAUUAAGAUUGUUAUUGUUAAUGAUAUUAUUAAUGUAUGUCUGUGAAUGAAUUUUAAUGUAUAUUGUUGUAAGAUUGAGAAGAUGUGACCUUUGAAGAAAUGUGACUAAAUGGAUGUCUGGUAUUGACUAAGCAAUUUGACAAAAAUCAUCGUUAGAUAGGAAGACAGAUGAAUAUUUAACUUUUUAUGCCCUAUUUAUGGGCAUUGUGUUUUCUAGUCUGUGUGUCUGUUCGGUCGUCCCUUUGUCUGUCUGUCCCACUUCAUUUUCAAGUUUUGGAAGAGGUAGUUUCUGAUGAAGUUGAAGUCCAAUCAACUUGAAACUUAUUUCACGUGUUCCCUGUGAUAUGAUCUUUCUACUUUUAAUGCCAAAUUAGAGAUUUUACCCAAUUUUCAGGGUCCACUGGACAUAGGAAAUGAAAGUGCGGAUUGGGCAACUGUGUACUCUGGACACAUUCUUGUUUUUUCUUUGAAUUUAAUUAUCUUAUAUUUAAUGAUCAUGUAUACUUUUUUUUUUUUGCCAAGAAGCAUGUUUGUGAUAUAUUUAUUUCCAUCGGAGAUAAUCAUUGGAAAUGAAUGUUUCAGCUUUUUUAAUUUCAUAAAAGGAUGUUAUUUCUUUUUUUCAUUCAUAAAAAAAAGUUAACAUCUAUUUCGUGAGUUUGAAAAAAAGUUGAUACAGUAUAGAUCUUUACCAAAAUGUACAAACCAGUGAAAAUUUACAUGUUUAUAACAUAUAUCGAUAAAUUUGGUGCAGUGCUGUACAGUAAUGUUAAGUUUUUUUUUUAUAUGUAUGGUGCAAAAGAUCAUAUAGGUUUUAAAUGAUAAGUGCUUUUAUUGUCAUUCAUUGUUUGUUGUUAAAUACCAAUUAUAAAUACAAAACAUGUAUCAUAAAUAUGCAUACUAUUUUAUCUGACAAAAUGAUAUACUCAGUUAUAUGUAGAUUAUAUAGAAAAAAAUAAAAUAAAUAAUUUAUUUUAUUAAAGUGUCACAUACUUGUCUACAGAUUUUUAUACAUAUUAUAUAAUAUACAUUGCACAAUAAUAAAAUAAGAUAAAUACCCAGCCUAGAUAGGCUAAUGAGACACUAUAUAUACAAAUAUAUAUCUAUGUAACAAAUACAAAUUGUAAAACAUAGUAAAAUGUCAUAAAUGUUUAAAAUUAUCCUGAUUUUUUUUCUUCACAUCAUUGAAAAUUUGAGAGUAAUUAAAAAACCAUGACUUUAAAAAAUAGAAAUGACAAAAUUAAGUAUGAUGUAAAAAAUACCUGAUAUGUGAUAAAAAGAGUAUAUUUUAAAGAGGUUAAAUAAACAGAUUGCGAAGAAUAUAAUGAAAUAAUCUUGUUGCUUUAUUUAAAACCUCUCAGUAAAAUAGUAAAUAAAUAGAACAUGAAUGAAAUGAAUUAAAAAAAAAUAAUUAAAUGUAACUUUGACUUUUACGGAAAUAUACAAUCAAGAGUGUACGUAUUGCUUUUUAGUGUGCGACGUUGUCUUAUCAUAUUAUGCACCAAGAUAGAUAACUUGUAUUGUAAUCCAGCAUUCUGAAUCAAAAAUACAAAUUGAUUAAAAUCUGACUUUGUAAUAAAAGAAUUAUAUAUAUUAAAAUUAUGUAAAGUUACUAAUUAAUGUGUCAGUGCAGAAAAUCACAAUUAUAAUUCAUGGUCAACAAAUAAAACUAAAGAGGUGAUUAUUAGGUCCCAUAUUUGUGAAUUGUCUUCUUAUUAUCACUGCUAUCUGUAACUGUAUUGUAAAUUAUAUUUUAUUUAUAAUAUUGAAAAUUUUCGUCCGGUAGGAAAAGUAGGGGGAAUUAUAAUUUCCUACCUAUGCUGGUUUGUCCAUUUCUUUAAAAUGUCCUCCUGAUUUGACAAGUUUCAUGCAUGUCCUUUUAGGUGUAUAUUUUGAUAUUUUGUGCUAGAUAAUCAGUAAGUAAAUGACUUGCCAAUACAGUAACUUGCCACUGCUGUUUAAUAAACUUCCAAUGAAACUUUGUUCACUAUCAAAGAUAGGAUGUUUUUGACUAUCAAUAUUUGACCUGAAGUUAAAAAGGGAGUGAAUUUGGAUUAUCUCCCUUGAAUUCCAUAUGUUAGACUUGACAAGGGAGUUGUCUCUUGGUUUGUUAUUGAGUCAUUAGAUAAUUUACUUAAUAUUCUACUUUUGUUUUCUUUGAAAUAAUGACAAAGUCAAUAAUUUCAACAUCAGUGAUUAUUUAUUGUGAAUUUAUUUAUUUAGAACUUUUGGUAAUUUGUAGUCCAUUACAUUUAAAUGGAACUGUAAUACUGUAAUAUGUAAUAUGUUGGUAUUUAUCCUUAUAAAAAGCAACUACACAUGUCUAAUGUAUACUUUGCAAAACCAUACAAUAUAUAACAUCUAAUCAGUUUUACUUUUGUACUAAAUAAUUCAUUUGAAUAUUAAUUAAUUCAAUUUUAACAAGAUUAUUUUAGAUAUGCAUUGCCAUUGUUCGUUUAGGGUUGUAGUUGCUUUUAAAAUAUGAUGAAAUCUUGAGUUGGGUUAAGUAAUGUUAUAUGAGGGAACUGUAUGUUUUAUUGUUACAUGUAUUUUAUCAUCAUUCAGAUACAUUUAUUUAUGUCUGUGUAUCGUAUCCUCAGAAUUUGUAAAGAUUAAAAUAUCUGUUGCCAAAUACUUCAACAUAAAAAGUUCCAAACAAUCAAAUGAUUAGAUUUAUUUUGUGCCUGCUUAUACAUUAAAUUGUUUACAUACCAAUUAAAGCAGUGUACUAUUUGAUUGCACUGUAAAUGAGUUGGUUUGAAUUGCAGAAUAUUUUUUCUCAUUUCAAGAAAGUUUUAGUUUAAACAUAUUUAUUUAUAGUAGAUUGGGAAAAAGUUAUUUCAACUUAUAUAAUCUCUUUCCACUUUGUUUGUGAGUGCUGC